GAUGGGUUUUAUUUCAAGCAUCAACCAUGAGCUGCUUUCUAAGGUAGCAACUAAUGAUGGGCAUGGUGAAAACUCGGCUUAUUUUGAUGGCUGGAAGGCUUAUGAAAUUGAUCCUUUUCAUCUUACCCAAAAUCCUGAUGGGGUUAUUCAGAUGGGUCUUGCAGAGAAUCAGCUUUGCUUCGAUUUAAUCCAAGAAUGGGUGGUGAACAAUCAAAAAGCCUCCAUUUGUACAGCUGGAGGAGCUGAGGAAUUCAAAGAAAUUGCAAUUUAUCAAGACUAUCAUGGUUUGCCAGAAUUCCGAAGUGCUGUUGCAAAGUUCAUGGAGAAAGUGAGAGGAAAUCGAGUAACAUUUGAGGCGGACCGCAUAGUAAUGAGCGGAGGGGCAACAGGAGCUCAUGAAUUACUGGCAUUUUGCUUGGCUGAUCCUGAAGAGGCUUUUCUCGUUCCAACACCCUAUUAUCCUGGAUUUGACAGAGACUUGAGGUGGAGAACUGGGGUGCAACUUUUUCCUGUAAUUUGUGAAAGCGCUAACGAUUUCAAGGUCACAAGAAAAGCUUUAGAAGAUGCAUACAACAAAGCUCAAGAAUCCAAUAUCACAAUAAAAGGUUUGCUUUUAAACAAUCCAUCAAAUCCACUUGGCACAAUCUUAGACAAGGAAACAUUAGAAGACACAAUAAGAUUCAUAAACGAGAAAAACAUCCACCUCGUAUGCGACGAAAUAUAUGCUGCAACAGUCUUCAACAAACCAAAUUUUAUCAGCAUUUCUGAAGUAAUAAUGGACGAAGAUGUCGAAUGUGACCGUGAUUUAAUCCAUAUCGUGUAUAGCCUAUCGAAGGAUUUAGGGUUUCCUGGAUUCAGGGUCGGGAUUAUUUACUCGUACAAUGACGUUGUAAUGAAUUGUGCCCGAAAAAUGUCGAGUUUCGGGCUCGUUUCAACUCAAACACAGUUUUUAAUAUCCAACAUGCUAUCGGACGAGACGUUCGUUGAGAAAUUCAUUGGCGAGAGUCGUGAAAGGCUAGGAAAAAGACACGGGGCAUUCACUAAGGGACUUGAACAAGUGGGAAUUAACACGUUGAAAAGUAACGCUGGCUUGUUUUGUUGGAUGGAUUUGAGAAGGUUACUUAAGGAAAAUACAUUUGAAAGUGAGAUUGAACUUUGGAGAAUAAUUAUUAAUGAAGUUAAACUAAAUGUUUCACCAGGUUGUUCUUUUCAUUGUUCGGAGCCGGGUUGGUUUAGAGUUUGUUUUGCUAAUAUGGAUGAUGAGACUAUGAGGGUUGCAUUAAAGAGGAUUAAGAAUUUUGUGCUUCAACACAAAGGGAAUAAUGAAAGAGGAGUUAAGAAAUUGCAAUGCAGGAGUAAAUUGGAGAUCAGUUUAUCAUUUAGGAUUGGAUGAUUUUAUGACCUCUCCGAAUUCUCCUAUAUCUUAACCUUUGGUCAAGGCUAGGACUUAAAAAGGAAAACAAAAAUGUUAUCAUCAUUUGUGUAAUAAGAGUAGGAAGAAUUGCUCAUGUAAUUUACAUCAAUGACUGUUGCAA